GUGAAUCCGAACUUUUAAACAAUGUCUGAAAGUGUAUUAGAAUCCAAUAAUAAACAAGACGGCAAAAUUGACGCUAAAGACUAUUACAAUACUAGUGCUAACUGUGAUGUCAGUGAUGGUGAUGAUAAAAUAGUGGUAAAAGUGGAAAGUGAUGAUGGUGACGUGAAGGCUGUGAGUCAGAGGGAGAAUCGGCUGACGAACAUUAUCGAGCAGCUGAGGAACCAGAGCGAGAUGAAAGGUAGCGGUCAGCGAGAACUCCCGGUCGCCCCCAGUAACGGUGAGUGA